AUGGUUGAUGAAACAGAAUCAAAAACAAAUUUAAUUGAAAAUCGUUCGUCGCACGAAUCUGAUAUCGAAGAUGAAGAAGAAGAUGAACAAAACAUGAAUGUUCUUACAGGAGAAUCAACCGAAUCCGAUUCAAAUUUGACUGAAGAUUCUCACUCAGUUGAAUCGGAAAAAUCAAAUGAAAAUAAUAAUCAAAAUGAUGUUUCAUUAAUUGAAUCUACUAAACAAAAUGAAGAUGUUGAUGAACAUGAUAUUUCUUCAGAUAAAUUAAUUAUUGAUCAAACAGGAAAUAUUUUAACAGAAUUACAAUCAAAUAUAAAUGAUAAUCAUUCUUUAGUUAAUCUUGAAAGAACAAAUGAAAGUGAUAAUUCUUUAGUUGACUCAACAGCCGAUCAAACGAAAAAUUCUUCAAGAGAAUCUGAAAAAGAAAAUGAAAACCCCAGUAAAAGUACAGAAAUCAAUACUUCAUUAAAAUCAUGUUUAUUAACUGAUGUUGCCAAUGAAAUCGUGGAAGAGAAUCAAUUGAACAAUCAAUUAAUAGAUACUGACGAUAGGCUUGAAAUAAAAUCAAACAAAUUCAACAAUGAAUAUAAUGAAAAACAAUCAUCAGAAUUCGAAGAUAUUCUUGGAAAUAAAAGUUUACUAAAACAAACAAUAGUUACAGGUGAAUCGGAUAGUCGUCCAACGCGUAGUACAAUGGCAACAGUUUUACAUAAAUUAUCAGUAAUUGAUAGUUUAACUUCAAAUAUUCAUUUAAUUGAAAAUGUAUUAAAAGAAAGAUUUUUUAUUAGUGAAUGUGAUACAAUAGGAGCAAUAGAUAUUUGUGUUCAAACGAUGAAUCGCGGUGAAUGUGCUUUAAUUAAUUGUGACAUUCGGCACGGCUACGGUGAUAUGGGUUGUCAUGAAAAACAAAUUCCAGCAAUAUCAACAAAUAAAUCCUAUAGAAUGUUAAUCGAAUGA